AUGGACAAUAAUAUUGUUGAAAGUUCAAUAAAUAAAUUGAAUAAUGGUAGAGGUGUAUUAAUAAUUACAAAAUAUAUAAAAGAAGUUGAUGAAAUUAAAAAUCGAUUAAUAACGGCUGGAUAUGAUGGAACAAAAAUAAAACAAUAUAGAACGGAAGAUGAAUCAAAUAUUAUUGAAGAAGAAAUGAAGCCUAGUGAAAUAAUUAUUGCAACAAAUAUUGCUGGUAGAGGAACAGAUAUUCGAACAAAUAAAAUUGAAAAAAAUGGUGGAUUACAUGUAUUAAUUACAUUUUUACCACCAAAUGAACGAGUUGAACAACAAAAUGUUGGUAGAACAUCGAGAACAGGAAAUAAAGGAACUAGUCAAUUUAUUUUAUUACAAAAACAUGAAAAUAAUUAUCAUAAAUUAAAAACUGAGAGAAAUAUACAAGAAGAAAUUGGAAUAUAUAAAGCAAAAACAGACAUAGAAAAAGUAACAAUUAAAGAUGCAAUAUUUGAAGAAUUGUGUAAACUAUUGGCAAUAAUUUGUGGAACUGAUCUUGUAACAAAUAUGGAAAUUAGAAUUAAAAUACGAGCAAUUGAAGAUAGAUUUGGUAUUUGGUUAAAAAUGCAAGAAGCAACAACAACAACAUUAAUAACAAAAGAAGAAAUGUUAAAUAAAUUUUGA